UUUCAGUGCUGUGAUACUCCAAAGGAACGUUAGACGUGUCGAGCGGAAGUCGAGACUCGCUGACAGAAAGUGAAAAAUAAAAGUGAAAAAGACAAAUGGACAGAUAUUUGAAGAGCAACCGUCGAGUGCUAUCAAAACAAAGGCCAGCUCUGGCAUAAACAUAAACUGUAAACAAGCUGUAAGGAAUUCAAAGUAUUCAAAGUGCACUGUGCUACAAAAACAACAUAUAAUUCUUACAAUCAACAGAGGAAACUUAAAAGCAAUAAUAAUUGAUACAACCUUAAUCAACAUGAAACUGAGACUUUUGCGCUGUUUGCGCAAUCCAAAGCAAUCGGCGAGGCAGAAUCAGCGCGAGGAGCUGAAUCAUCAGCAACACAUGAUCAAGGAUAUGCAGACGAAUUUCAAGGACACCACCGUCAAGAUCCUGUUGCUGGGCACCGCCGAAUCCGGCAAGACGACCAUCAUCAAACAGAUGCGCAUACUCCACAUAAACGGAUUCACCGACGAUGAACGCCGCGAAAAGAUACCCGAAAUCUAUCAGAACAUCCACGAUUCCAUUAUACAGCUGGUGCUGCAAAUGGAGCCCUUGGGCCUGCCCUUUGGCAGCAACACGAGCGAACGCAGCGCCAACUACAUCCUGUCCCUGCCAGCCGAGGCGCCCGAGUACUUUACGGAGGAGUACUGCGACCAUGUUAUGACCCUCUGGAAUGAUGUUGGCAUACGCGCCUGCUAUGAUCGCUCGAAUGAAUUCCCGCUGCUGGACAGCGCCAAAUAUUUUCUUGAUAACUUUGCGAGAAUUUGUGAGGGCGACUAUAUACCCAGCACUGAGGAUAUUCUACACAGCAGAAAGGUAACCACGGGCAUCUCGAAAAUCACAUUCCGUGUGCCCAUACCCAAGAGCCUGGGCGGCGGUGAGCAGGAGUUCCGCAUGUACGAUGUGGGCGGGCAGCGGGAUGAGCGCAACAAGUGGAUACAAGUGUUUGAGGGCAUUCAGGCCGUGCUGUUUCUCAUUUCGUGCAGCGAAUUCGAUCAGAAUCUGCGUGAGGAUCCCAAUCAGAAUCGCCUGCAGGAGGCACUUAAUCUGUUUCGGGCCGUUUGGCAGAAUCGUUUCCUCGCCUCCGCCGGCCUGAUUGUCUUCCUCAACAAGUAUGAUAUUAUGGAGCGCAAAAUACGCGCCGGCAAGCACAUAGUCGAUUAUUUUCCGGACUUCGAGGAGUUCAGCAAGCGGCCGCAGCAGCAGCAAAGCUGCUUCGAUGAGUGCGAUUGGACCAAGAUGUUCAUCAAACAGAAAAUGAUCGAUAUAACCCAGGAACAGUUCAAGCGCAAUUCGCGCAAUCAGUGCGACUUUAGCUUCUCGGAAAGGGAGUGCUAUUACCAUUUCACCGUGGCCACGGAUACUCGUUGCAUUCGCGAUGUUUUCAGCGAUGUACAGCAAAUGAUUUUGUCCGAAAACAUCAACGUGGCCAGCUCAUCACUCUUCUAGGGGAGCAAUAAUUCUCAGUAAAGAGUUUCCUUUACCAACUGUGAUUUUGUAUGCUAUAAAUUAUACUAUAAGCGAAAUUAAUUCUAAAA